AGAGGCAGAGGCACAGGACCACUUGAAGAAGGGGAAAACCAGACACAAGUCUAGCAAGGAAAAGCCAAACUCCCCCCAGAGCCCGAAAAGUCUCCGUGAUCACUCCCCAGAAACACCCAGAAGUUCACCUGAGCCAAUGAAAAGCCAACUGCAGAGUGACUCAACCCUCGAGAGACCUGCCAGGCUGAGAAGGUUCCGGUGGAUCGUUCCUGCCCACGCUGAGGUGGAACUGAAGAUCCGCUUCAGCCCCACAGUGCCAGGGCAGUUUGACCAGCUGAGGAACUUUGAGAUCCUGGGGUCAAAGCGCCUGUACCAGUUGCCCUGCAGUGCCACUGCCCUGUACCCCAGCAUCAACCAGAACCCACGGUAAGGCUGGGCCACAGGAGCAUCCCACACUGCACCCCCGACCUCAGAGCCAGGGCUGCCCCUUGUGACCUUCUGGCUGGGGCAGAUGGUGCUGCCUGAGUCACCCAGCAUCCCUUCCUCUGCUGGGAGCUGGGAGGCUGAACUGGUACCUCAGCCACCGAGAAGGGUGAUGGCUUUCUGACUAGAUUUCCUACUUGCAGCAUCUCAGAGCUCCUCAUUCCCCAUUGUCUCUGCCCAGGCUGGUGUUUCCUUGCGGGAGGAAGAGCAAGGAGAAGGAGGACAUCAUCUCCAAGGAGUAUGUCAUGAGCACAAAGCAGUUCCACUUUGGACCGCUGCUUUGUGGCGAGUCAGGAGAGUGGUACAAGGCACAGAACUGCCCCGGCAACAGCGAAAAGUUACCCAUCCUCAACGACUCCCCCAUGGAGGCAGAGGUGCAUUUCUCCUUUGAGAACGACAGCAAAGGAGAGACGUUCCUUUUGGACCCUCCCAGCAUGAGGCUGCAGCCCAAAGAGAAGAAGAAGCUGAGUGUUUGGGCGUACCUGACUUCUGCUGGCCUCCUGGGAGACAGUCUUGUCUGCUGGAUCAAGGACAACCCGGAGCCAGCGGUCUUCCGACUGUGCUGCCAAGGGGGUCACGUGAAGCUGAGGGUCAGCCCCCAGGAGCUGCAUUUCAACAAGAUACUUCUGCACAGGACUGACACCCAGACCCUGGUCCUGAGAAACGACAGCCCACUGCCCAUGGCAUGGCAUCUCAGUGGGCUGGACGACCUUGGAGAUGAGUUCUCUGCAUCGCAAGGCAGGGGCAUUGUUGGGCCCCGCACAGACUUUGAGGUGAAGCUGGAUUUCAAGGCCGAGAAGAUUGGCAUCACAAAUAAGAUGAUCCGACUAGAGGUUUCAGAUACAGAAAACAUCCUGGGCAUUGUUCAGGCUGAAACCAUCAAAGUCUCUGUGGAGGUCUACGAUGUUAAUCUGAGCAUCAACAUGCCUGAAGGUCCAGAUGGCAGCUUGGAAUUUGGAACCAUUAAUGUCCUGGAUAAUAAGCAGCAAGUCCUGAGUCUGCAGAACAAAGGCUUGUAUGACAUUGAGUACAGUUUCAAGCUGACCACUGGAAGUGCCAAGAGGGGCGACUUGGAAUCUCCCUUCACUGUCCGGCCGCAGGGGGCUGUGCUGAAAGCCUCCCGGCCACCUCUGAAAGUUGAGGUCCUCUUCCACCCCACGACUGAAGUGUUUCUCGAGAGCAAACCCAUCCUGCUCUGCCAGGUCAUUGAUCUCAAAUCGGGUCAAGGAGGCGAGACCGUUGCCACCAUCCCAGUGAGGGUGUCGGCGAGAGCUGUGUACAGCAAGGACAGCAUCGAGCCUGCCUCGCCCAUCGACUUUGGUGCCAUGGUUAAGGGCACCAAGAAGAGACAGGUCUUAAUUGUAGAGAACAAAGGCGCCCUCAACUUCAAAUUCCUCAUCCACCGAGCACCUCCACUGCAAAGUUCAGAGCAAGAGGAAUCUGCCCCCUCGGUCAGGGAAAGAAAACGCUCCACACAGGCUCAGCUCACUGCAGGCGUGUUCACGGUGUCCCCUUGCUCCGGCUCCGUCGGUCCUGGGGGCCAGCAGAAGAUCACAGUGGAUUGCAGCCCAGGAGCAGAGGGGAAAUGUGAGGAGCAGCUGUACAUUGACAUCAGCAACAGAGACCCCAAGGACAAUCCCCUCGGCAUUCCCUUUACCCUGACUGCCGAGUCCUGCCUCCCAGCGCUUGUUGAAGACGUCACGUCCAUCUUUGAGCAGUACCCGAUCCACAGCAACAUCAAUCUCCGCCAGACGUUACAGUCGGUGCAAGGCAACGGUGUGUUCAUCAGAGAUGAUAACAAAUUCAUCUUCACCAAAGUUCAGCCAUGCCUGGAGAGGUAA